UCCUUCUAUAUUUUAUUGAUUAACUAGUAAUUUUUGGUAUAAGUUUAGGUGCCUUUCAUAUUUUUGAAUCAAACAACCAUUAUUAAUUUUACUUGCUAUGCAGCAGUAGCACUAUUAUCAUAUUAAAUUUUUUGAAAAGACUUAGAAUGAACUCUGGCAAAGUCUGAGAAAUGAAGAAUUAUUAUUUUUUAGCAAAAUCCUUUAAUGUUGAAGAUGCACUGCAGUUGUUAUCUUUAGUCAAGUUUCUAUAUUAGAAGAUUUUUUGCACAGCAAUUGUUAUUUUCUUAGCAUGCAUUUUUCUUUCUUUUGUCUUGUUUCCUCCUUGGUUUUUGGCCUAAAGCUUGAAAAAUAUUUACUGAAAUCUGCAAUUUUGUUUGUUACAUGUGAAUCUCAAACCUGAUUAGUUUUAUUUACAGAAGCGCACUUAUGCUUAAAAUCUUCUUAAACUUUAGACUUUUGUCAAUUGUGAUGAGCUGCUGCUAAGAACAUUAGUCUUCAAAGUGCUCCAUAAGUUAUAAACUUUGAUCUUAAUUUGUUUUUUUUGGUGAAGUCAGAUAGUUACCGGUAUGUCUUGAUUCUAAACCUCUUAUAUUUUUGACAAGAUUAAAGCCAUUGACUCUCCGCCAUGCUCCAUGAAGCUGCCGUCGUGGACUGCACUCGGACUUGUGAUGUAUUGCCUGAUGAUGUUUGGCUUGAAAUAUUUUCAUACUUGUCACCUAAGGAGCUGAGUGUUUCAGUGCUGCCUGUGUGUCAUAGGUGGAACAACCUCGGCCAUCACUCAUCAUUGUGGAAGAAAAUAGAGUUUGGAACGUAUGUAGCUGAAAAACUUAAUAUGUAUAUAGAUUUAGUGAAACGUCAUCAUAAUAUACAGUCUAUAGAAUGUUUUGACUGUCAAAAGGAGUUCAUAGAACAUGUGGUGACACUUUGUCCUAAUUUAAUUCACUUGAGUUUACCUCACGCUACUGUCACAAAGUAUACCAUGAAAGCUCUUGUCAAAUGCUGUCCUCGGAUUAUGUCUUUGGACUUGAGUGCUAAUGAGGUUAUUCGAUCACGCGACACUUUCCUGCCAAUCUUCUCACUUCAUCAGCUCCAAACUCUGAAGCUUAACAGCUGCAAAUGGGUCACUUCCUCCUUUGUUUCCAGACUGGUUACAUCUUGUAAGGGUUUGCAAUGCCUUCAUUUGGAAUGUGUCUUUUUACCAUGUGAAACUGUUGCAUAUGUUCUCCAUUGCCUCAGCACAAGUCUCAGAGAGCUGUCAGUAAAGUGUGAAAAAUUGGACUGGGAAGUCAAGGAACUAUUGCAUGAAUGUAGACAACUUCAAAGCCUAAAGAUUGAGGUAUUACUUGGUCCUAUAAACAUUCACUUCUCCCAUGCUUGUGACCAUCUCAAAAAUCUCAAAGAACUAACAUUGAAUUCAUGUUCUGAACGGAUGUUGGAGGUCCCAAGUCGUGUGUUUCUUGGUUCAACUUUUCCUUCAGUGACCCACCUCUUCAUCCGUCAAGCAUCGGGUAAUGACGCCCUUGCAGAUGACAUCAUCUCUUCAUUUCCAAGCUUAGAAACCCUGACUUUGGUUGAUUGCUGCACACUGACAGACAUGGGAGUCACCAAAAUUCUGAGAUGCUGCCACAAACUUAUUGACUUGAGGAUCUACUUAUGUCAGCUGAUCUCAAAAAACUGCUUCACACAGCCACUCAAUACUGGGCAAGGACGCAGCCAUCUUGUUAGAGUCCAACAUCUGUACCCCAAGUGCCCGAGGGUUGACAGCUCUUAUGAAUUAGGCAGCAUCCAGUCAGAUUUUCAUGAUGUUCAUGUCACAAGAUGAAGACUGGUUCUCAGGGUAUCCUAUAACUUGUUACUAAUAUUACUUUAUGUCUAUCACCAAUCUAGAAUAAACAUAAAUAUGGUCUUGUAAUUACAUGAAGAUUUAAAUUAAUGUUAUAAGAAGUAACAGCAGAACAGCCAACUGAAUUAUGGUGGCAACAUCAAAAUAUUUCUAUAAAAUGCUAGCUGUUUGAUUUGGUUAGAAGUUGUUAUUAAUGUUUCUUAUCUUGAAGAUGAGAAAUGUUUUCAUAUUGAAGGGAUCAAAGACAGAUUUCUAUGUGAAUCAAGGAAAGCGGCUUCAUUGUGUAAUGAUUUAAUUUGUUUCAUAUUGAUCUUAUGUUUAUUAUUGAUAUUGAAGAUGAUGUAAAUCAUGUAAUGCAACUUGGGUGGAGAUGAAUCACCUGACUGACAUAAAUGAAUAAGUUAUGCUACUUUGACUACCAACUCUUACAUUUUAUGUACUAAAUUUCACCUAGGAUAAACUUAAUACUGCAUUUGAUUUUAAAAUCUUGAAAGGACAUUGACAUUAAUAAUUUCACUAUUCCAUAUUUAGAUAAAAUGACUGGCCUGUGUCAGGCCAAUGGCUGCUGCCUGUACUCAGAGAACUCAACGAGGGCAUGUCCAAAUAUUGAUGCACAUGUUAUUGUUGCCUAGUGUGUCACUUUGUGCAGUAUCACCCAUUAAUUUCUCUGAGUUCAUAAAGCAGUCAGACGGUAUAGAAGCCUCCAACUUCUCUGUCUUGUGUGUUAUUUUUCCAAUUGAAUGCCAUGUUAUACAUUUUUUUAAGCUUAUCAAACUUUGUAUGAAGUUGCGAGAAAUUCUCAAAAUGCUGAAUUCUUCUUAUUUAAUAUGUAUACAUCUUAAUUGCAUCAGUGUAAUUAGACUCUUCAUAGUUAACAUAGCAAAGAUGCAAAGAUCCUAAGAUAGUUGCUAGAAGUUAGACUUACUAGCUAAAAAAAAUUAUUCCUAUUUUCAUAGUCUACUUACUCCAAGUGUAGAAUAAACCAUAGUGUAGUACUUACUGUAAGUAGUACUUACUACAUAGAGUACUUACUGCAAGUAGUACUUACUACAUAGAGUACAUACUGCUAGCA